AUGGUGAAUCCGCCGAGAUUGGUUUCGGGGAAUAAGUCUGUGAAUUCUGUGAAGAUAAGCUUUCGUGUACCGUAUUUUACUCAAUGGGGUGAGAGUUUGGUGGUGUGUGGCUCUGUACCAGUGCUUGGAUCUUGGAAUGUGAAGAAGGGUGUGUUGCUCAGUCCCUUUCAUGAAGGUUCUGAGCUCAUUUGGAGUGGAAGUAUUACUGUGCCAAAAGGGUUCCAAUGUGAGUAUAGUUAUUUUGUUGUGGAUGAUAAGAGAAAUAUUGUGAGAUGGGAGAUGGGGAAGAAACACCAAGUCGCGAUCCCUGAAGGUGUUCAGAGUGGUCAGGAGAUUGAGUUUCGUGAUCUUUGGCAGACUGGCUCAGAUGCUCUCCCUUUCAGAAGUGCUUUCAGAGAUGUCAUUUUUCGGCAAAGUUGGGAUUCGAGCACCAUCACAACCACGGGAGUCAACCACAUCACUUUUGAACCAGAAGCGGAAUCCAUCUUCAUCCAAUUCAAAAUUUUCUGCCCAACUAUUGAGAAAGACACAUCAAUAUACGUGAUAGGUAGCAACAUGAAGUUGGGGCAGUGGAAAGUUGAAAAUGGACUAAAACUCAGCUAUGUUGGUGAAUUUGUAUGGCUAGCUGAAUGUGUGAUGCAAAGGAGUGAUUUUCCAAUAAGAUAUAGAUAUUGUAAAUAUGACAGGUCUGGGAACGCUUCUAUAGAAAACGGUCCAAAUCGAGAAGUCUCAAUUAACUCUUCAAGAAGAGAAGCAAAAUAUAUUUUUCUUUCAGAUGGCAUGAUACGAGAAACUCCCUGGCGUGGUGCUGGCGUAGCAAUUCCUAUGUUCUCUAUUAGGUCAGAAUCUGAUCUAGGAGUUGGGGAGUUUCUUGACCUUAAGUUACUAGUUGACUGGGCUGUAGCAUCUGGUUUCCAUUUAGUUCAACUUUUACCAAUCAAUGAUACAUCUGUUCAUCAGAUGUGGUGGGAUUCUUAUCCAUACAGUUCACUCUCAGUAUUUGCACUGCAUCCAUUGUACCUGAGAGUACAGGCACUUUCUGAGAACAUACCAGAGGAGAUCAAGCAAGAGAUUGAGAAGGCAAAACAACAACUAGAUGCGAAGGAUGUUGAUUAUGAAGCUACAUUGUCUACUAAACUCUCAAUUGCGAAGAAAGUUUUCAAUCAAGAGAAAGAUUUGAUACUUAAUUCGAGUUCCUUUCAGGAGUUCUUUUCUGAAAAUGAGGGUUGGUUGAAACCCUACGCUGCUUUCUGUUUCCUGCGGGAUUUCUUUGAAACAUCGGAACGAAGUCAAUGGGGCAGUUUUGCUAAUUAUUCAGAAGAUAAGUUAGAGAAACUUGUAUCCAAGGAAAGUCUGCAUUACGAGAUAAUUCGCUUCCACUACUAUGUUCAAUACCAUCUGCAUUUACAAUUGUCGGAAGCUUCAGAAUACGCAAGAAAGAAGGGAGUGAUUCUAAAGGGAGAUCUUCCCAUCGGAGUUGACAGAAACAGUGUGGAUACUUGGGUUUAUCCAAAUUUAUUUCGAAUGAACACUUCUACUGGGGCACCUCCUGACUAUUUUGAUAAAAAUGGCCAGAAUUGGGGCUUUCCUACUUAUAAUUGGGAAGAGAUGUCAAAAGACAACUAUGGUUGGUGGCGAGCUCGAUUGACACAGAUGGGAAAAUAUUUCACAGCUUACAGGAUUGAUCACAUAUUGGGAUUCUUCCGAAUCUGGGAACUUCCAGAACAUGCUGUGACAGGUCUAGUCGGAAAAUUCCGACCAUCUAUUCCUCUAAGUCAGGAAGAACUUGAAAGAGAAGGAAUAUGGGACUUUAAUCGCCUGAGCCGCCCAUACAUUAGACAGGAAACAUUACAGGAAAAAUUUGGAUCUGCUUGGACAUUCCUUGCAACAACUUUUCUGAACGAAUAUGAAAAGAAUUGCUAUGAGUUCAAGGAGGAUAGCAACACAGAGAAAAAAAUUGUUUCCAAACUGAAAACUUCUGCAGAAAGUUCUCUGUUGUUGGAGAGUGAAGACAAAAUCCGGCGUAGCCUGUUUGAUCUUUUACAGAAUAUAGUUCUUAUCCGAGAUCCAGAGAAUCCAAAAGAUUUUUAUCCUCGUUUCAACCUUGAAGAUACCUCGAGUUUCCAGGCAUUGGAUGAUCAUAGCAAGAAUGUUCUCAAAAGAUUGUAUUACGACUACUAUUUCCAACGUCAAGAGAAUCUUUGGAGGCAAAAUGCGCUUAAGACUCUACCUGCACUUCUAAAUUCAUCAGAGAUGCUGGCCUGCGGGGAAGAUUUGGGCCUCAUUCCAUCUUGUGUGCAUCCUGUUAUGCAAGAACUUGGAUUAGUUGGGCUGCGCAUCCAACGGAUGCCCAAUGAAUCUGAUCUGGAAUUUGGCAUUCCUUCUAAAUACAGCUACAUGACGGUAUGUGCUCCUUCUUGUCAUGACUGUUCCACCUUGCGUGCUUGGUGGGAAGAAGACGAAGAAAGAAGGCAACGAUUUUUCAAGAAUGUGAUGGAGUCUGAUGAGUUGCCACCUGAUCAAUGCGUUCCAGAAGUUGCUCAUUAUAUCAUAAGGCAACAUAUUGAAUCCCCAUCGAUGUGGGCAAUUUUCCCUCUUCAGGACUUGUUAGCAUUAAAAGAAGAAUAUACAGCACGCCCUGCAACAGAAGAGACAAUCAAUGACCCUACAAAUCCGAAGCACUAUUGGAGAUACCGUACGCAUGUGACUCUGGAGUCAUUAAAUAAAGAUAAUGAUCUCCAAACCAUCAUUAAAGAUCUUGUACGUUGGGGUGGAAGAUCAAUUCCUCCAGAAGAAUCACAAGUUGAAGAUGCUGUCUCUGAGAAGCCACAGUUUGUCUCAACUGGCGUAAAGAUCCGUAAUCCUUCUGAAUCUAAUGGAGUUUCAUUGAAGGAUCCUUUGUCUGUCUCUUGA